AUGGAACAUGCCCACGCGCCAAGAGUUUGGCGUUUUGGGCUCUACAAGAAUAGAAUUUCUAGCUCGGCUUCUAGAGCUUUGCUCUUUGAUAAUGUAAGAACGCGGGGGUUGCUAUUUACUGGUCUUUUUGCGACGGAGAGGUUCGUGAAUGAGGUGUACUCGGGAAGGCCAGGGAGGCCGUAUGGUCUGUUCAUGGGCGGUGGAGGGAAGCUGCUGGCGGCUCAAGUGGUGCAGAUACUGGUGGUGAUGGGGUGGGUGACGGUGACUAUGGGGCCGCUGUUUUACGGGCUUCAUAAGCUGAAGCUGCUGAGGGUUUCCGAUACGGACGAGACGGCGGGGAUGGAUUUGACGAGGCAUGGAGGGUUUGCUUAUGUGUACAAUGAUGAGGAUGAGGCUUCUGUUGAGCCGGAGUUUAUGAUGAGGAGGGUUGGACCUACGGAUGAUGCCAGUCCUUUCCCGUAG